AUGGAUAAUAAGACAGUGUCGCUUACUGAGACUUCAGUUGCGGACACCUUAAACCUUGCUUCAAAAUCUAGUUCGUCGUUACCUAUCGCAACAAAUAUUCCUCUUGAAAUCUUUGCGAACAUUUGCAAAUACCUACAGCUUUUCGACUUAUCCAAGUUAACGCGAGUAUGCAAACAAUACAGAAUAUAUUUGAUGUCCCCCGCGAACCAGGAUAUCUGGCGUACAUCACGAUUAGAAUUCCUCAGUUAUCCAAAGCUCCUACCGGAAGGCAUGACAGAACAAGACUUUUUCAAGCUUACGUCAACUAUGAAGGGCUGCCAAUUCUGUGGUACUCGUAAUUCUCAAAUUUCGCUUCACUGGGAGUUCAGGGUCCGCUGUUGUGAUGAAUGCUACCAAACUAAAGCAAUAGAAUUAACUAAGGAUGCUGAUCCCAUUGAGGUUGAUGGCCAAAAGAUACCCGAGGAACUAAAAUCAUGUCUUUCAUAUAAAGAUUCACCAUAUAGAAAUUUACAUUGGCUGCAAGUAGAUUCAUUGUACUUACAACUAUGUAAAACAUUCUGGAUUCCUGAAAUAACUGUUACUGCACAACAAUACGAAAACGUCGCUUGCUCUGAACGUCAGGAAUGGAUCCUCGAAAGACAAAAGAAAAAAGAUUUUUGGUUGAAUGAGGGGCUUGAAGGCUACAAGUCCGCGUUUAAGAAGGAAAUGAUUAAUUGGCAAAAUGAAAUCAAAGAUAGAUUUAACAAAGAAAAAGAUCAUCUACUGGAAGACGUCCUUAAAAGAUAUCCCGCAAAGAAUUUUUUAAAAGAAUACGCGUAUAAAGUAAAUACGGUAGCUUCUCCGAGAUUUUACGGAUUUAAGAUGAACGAAAAUGAUUGGUCUAUUUGGCAUAAUAAUGCGGUAAAUGAGCUUAUAGAAAAAAUUGCAGAGCCACGAAAGAAGGAAAUUCGGGAAAAAAUACGUUCUUUGAUCUCACCUCAGCCAAAGUCAAACGCGCGCGUUGUAAAGAAAGUGCAAUAUUUUAAAAACUAUUAUCCAUUGCGGAAUGAUAUAGAAAUAACCAAAGGAUCGAAUCAAUUCGUCAUAUUGCCCACGGACCCACUUCUAGAAUGCUUCAACCUCUGCCCUUCCUAUAUUAAUCCUCCAUAUCAUGACAAUGAUCUGACGAAACCGUGGGAGGAAGAAUUUUUGACGAACACCUUGAUUCCACGACUUCAAGAGGAAGCAUCCAAACGUUCUAAAGGCAUGACAGAGGCAUGGGCGCGACAAUACAAAUGUGCCCGUGAAUUUGGUUUGGAUUCAUUUCAUGUUUUUACUUGUCGUAUUUGCGGCGUCACAUCCCGAGGAACUCGCAUUUUCAGACUUCAGAGCAUUAUGCAGCAUCUUCGAUCGCAACAUCAAAUUUAUGUCCGACAUGCGGAUAAUAUUGGUGUCGAUGCCGAAGAAGCUAUUUAUCAUUUUUGGCGUUCGUAA